GACUCUGAGUGAAAAGAAACAAAACAAAACAAAACAAAUAAUUCGUGGACAAUGGAGAAAAGAUCUAAACGUUGGACCACUGAUGAAACGAAAGCAUUUUUGCAUUUUUAUGCUGCCAGGAAGGAGCAAUUUAGCCACCCAAGGAAAAAACGUUCGGCGUAUGGAAGCGUUGUUGAAGACAUGAUUGCGGCUGGCUUUGACUCGGGUUUCACAUCGCGACAUCUUGAGGUGAAGAUGCAGACGCUGCUGAGGGCGUACAGAGACGCUAAGGACAAUAAUGGUAGAACUGGUGCAUCUCCUUGUAUUGCACCGUUCUUAGAGGAAAUGGACGAGCUAUUUGGUAAAAAGCCAAAUUUUGCAAAAAGCGAUUCGUAUAAUUUUGGUGCCAAAAGUGUUUCGAGUUCAGGUGCAACAGUUUCAUCACCGAAUACGUCCUCAGCAGCACCAUUAUUCAGCUCCUCAGAAACGUUUGAGUCUCCUGUCUCAAAUGAUUCAGAUUUUUUUGAUGUGGAUGUAGAGUUUUUUUUGGAAGAAGCUGCGGUCUGUUCAUCUUCAUUACCAACAACAACACCACCACCACCAACACCACCACCACCACCAACAACAACACUACUAACAACAACAACACCACCGACAACAACUACACCACCAACAAGAACACCAGCAACAUCAAGGCAAGAAGUUUAAAAUUUAAUAACUUCUACCUUUUUUGUCUCGUUAUCCAUUUUGAUUUUUUUCUUUUAAGUAAUUAUUCUUUUUGUUGACAGCUGAUUUUGACAUA